GUGGAUUGGUGACAGCUCAGCAGACGAUAUUCUGGAUAUUACUGUGUGAUGUGUGAUAAUGUGCAAGGUGUAGGAUGUUGGUGUACUCUUUAUAAUCAAUGAUAUCCUUCACUAUCUGCCCUCAGCCAGUGGGUUCACGCCCCACGCUAGGGUCUUGACCACACACAAGUCGGCUGGUACUCUUGUUACAGGACCGACGGUCUACUGCACUGCACUCUCAGAGAUGUCACCUUCGGGAAAACAUUCAUCAGCCCAUCUAUCUAUCUAGCCCGCGGGAUCAGCAGUGGAAUGGAUAGACAACUUCUAGUGCCUGGCUGUCAACAUCUUCAAGAAUCUACCCUGGGCCCAACACAUUGAUGCAAACACUAAGAAAGCACGUCAGCGGUUCUACUUCAUUGGAAGUUUGAGGAGAUUUGAUGCGGCAUGGAGCUCUUUGUGUUUAAAAAUUUAGAGUUACUACAAGAAGAAAGAGCAGCUGAAAUUGAAGAAACCAGGGAAUGGCAGGAAAAUAUCUCUGUGAAAAAACUUCAACAGCGAGGAGUAUGUCUGCUGAAGCUUCAGGUGGCAAGCCAGAGAACUGGACUGUAUGGACGUUUUAUUGUCAGCUUUGAACCUAGAAAGUAUGAAGCCAGUGCAUCGUUGCCCAGCAAUAACUUUGGUCCUGGGGAUAUUGUAGGUUUAUAUGACAACCAAGGCUCCACUUCUUUGGACCAACUUGCAUCUGGUGUUGUAACGCGCAUCACACAAAAGUCAGUCACUGUGGCUUUUGACGAAUCCAGUGAUCAGCUAAACUUCGACAAUGACUCUUCCUAUAAGCUUUUAAAAUUGGCUAAUGAUGUCACCUAUAAAAGGCUGAAAAAUGCUUUAAACGCCUUAAGCCAAUAUCAUGCUGGCCCUGCUUCUAACCUCAUUGAUGUCCUGUUUGGUGCUUCUGAGCCAAGUUCUCCAUCAGAAAUUCAAAAAAGUCAGGAGCUGUACAAUUCCUGUCUGGAUGACUCUCAGAUAGAAGCUGUAAAUUUUGCCCUGGCACAGAAGGAAGUGGCAAUUAUCCAUGGCCCUCCUGGUACUGGGAAGACGACUACAGUUGUAGAAAUAAUUCUGCAAGCCGUAAAACAAGGGCUAAAGGUACUUUGCUGUGCUCCUUCUAAUGUUGCUGUUGACAACCUUGUUGAGCGUCUGGUACAAAUUGAAGCAAAGGUUUUGCGAUUAGGUCACCCCGCACGACUGCUCAAGUCCAUACAUCGCCACUCUCUGGAUGCUGUAUUAGCACACAGUGAUAACACCCAAAUAGUAAUGGAUAUUAGAAAAGAAAUUGAUCAGGCAUUUGCAAAAAUGAAGAAAGCACAAGACAGAGGACAGAAAGUCCACUUUCGUGGUGAGAUCAAGACUUUGAGAAAGGAGCUGAGAGCAAGGGAAGAGGCGGCUACUGUACAGAUACUGAAAAAAGCCAGUGUUGUCUUGGCAACUAAUACAGGUGCUUCUGAUGAUGGUCCAUUGAAGCUCUUGCCAGAUGAUUAUUUUGAUCUUGUAGUGAUUGAUGAGUGUGCACAGGCAUUGGAAGCAAGUUGCUGGAUACCAUUAAUGAAAGCCCCAAAAUGUAUCCUGGCUGGAGAUCACAAACAACUUCCUCCAACCAUUAUUUCUAACAAGGCUGCAGCUAAUGGCUUAUCACUCAGUUUGAUGGAGCGGCUAAUCCAGAGAUAUGGUGAGCGGGUUGUGAAAAUGCUGACUGUACAGUAUCGAAUGAACAAUGCUAUAAUGCAGUGGGCCUCCAGACAGAUGUAUGGUGGACGACUUGUGGCUCACGCGAUGGUGGCAGCACAUCUGCUAAAGGAUCUGCCAGGGGUUGUUACCACAGAAGAAACGAUGAUUCCAUUGCUUCUAAUUGAUACCUCAGGAUGUGGUCUGCUUGAAAUUGAUGAAGAAGAUGAACAAUCUAAAGGAAAUAAGGGUGAGGUUCAAAUAGUUGCAAAGCACAUUCAAGCUCUGACUGAGGCUGGUGUCUAUCCGAAGGAUAUUGCUGUCAUAACGCCAUACAAUUUGCAGGUACAACUCCUGAGAAAAGAACUCUCCAGCAAGUACCCAGAGCUGGAAAUUAAGUCUGUAGAUGGGUUUCAAGGAAGAGAAAAAGAGGCUGUUGUUUUAUCCCUUGUGAGAUCCAACAGAAGAGGUGAAGUGGGCUUUCUGGCUGAAGACCGAAGAACAAAUGUAGCAGUAACUCGUGCGCGACGCCACUUGAUGGUGGUUUGUGAUGCAGUCACGGUCAGCACUCACCCAUUUUUGAAAACCCUGGUCGACUACAUCACAAAACAUGGGGAAGUACGGACUGCCUUUGAAUACUGUGAUGACAUUGUGUCAGAACACUACUCAUAUCCAGUCCUUCCAGAUGAACAAAACAAAACAAAAGAGUAUUUAGUGCAAAAAAGCGGCAAGGGCUCAAAUAGCAACAAAAGUGUGAUGGUCUCAAAAGUAAAUAAAGAUUCAGCAAACCAUAGCAGUCAAAAAGUGGAAAUUAGAAAGAAGAAUGCAGAUCAGGAAAGUUGCAAAAUACAGAAAGAGAAUGUCAUUUCAGAAACAAUAGAGAAAAAUACCAAGACUAUAAAUGUAAAAGAUAACUCUGGGAAGCUUAAAGAGCAAAUAAUGCAAUUUAUAGAGGAUAAUGCAACAAGUAAAUUUGAAUUUCCUUCAUCACUCAAUUCUCAUGACCGUUUGUUAGUGCACCAGAUAGCAGAAGAGCUUGGUCUUGAUCACUUUAGUGUGGGUGAAAACAGAGACAGGUUUAUUGUUGUGGCUAAAUCAGGUUUCAUGGAAAGGCAAAAACAGCUCCACAGUCAGGUAGACCAAAAGUGGGUGGAUGUGCCUCCCAAACAGAGUGAUUGUGUCCCUCAGAUUUCUGUGGAAAAUGAAAAAGAACAGAUUCUUGUCGAGAAGGAAGGACCACAGGACAUUAGUUCUUGUGCUUCUCAAUCUAAGCUGGAUCUAAAGACACUGCAUAUUGAAAGGAUGCAGUGGGAACAAGCCAAGAGAGAGCAGCAAGCAAGGCAGAAGCAGAAUUCUACUAACACUGCUUCUCUGAAAUCAAAAAAUAAAAAACAUGGGAAAACCAAAGAUGGCCUUGCAAGUGGUGUAGAAGAGGACUUCGAUGCGCUUAUUGCUGCAACAAUAAAAGCAGACGGUAUUUGUGCUUAUUUAAAGUGCAAUGGGAGUAUUCGUACCAUUGGCCAACAUUGUAUCCACUGUAACAAACACUACUGCCUCAGCCAUCACAUCCCUGAGGUUCAUGGAUGUAGUGCACAUGCCAAAGCACACGCCCGAAAACUCAUCAGCAGAGAAGGUAUCCUAUACGCAGGCAGCGGCUCUAAGGACAAAACAUUAGAUCCAGUGAAGAGGGCUCAUCUACAGAGAAAACUGGGAAAGAAAAUUGAUCAGCUAGCUAGCCAACGAAGUGCCAAAAAGGAAAGUAAAAAUUGAAGUAUGAUGCUGUACCAUAAAUUUAAUUAAGAACCUAUUUAUUUCACAUUUUCUAACAUUAUCAACGUAACUUCUAGGAAACAGUAAUAAAUAUUUUUGAUUACACUAAAAUAAUUAUGAAAAGUAACUUUGAUGGCUUUGCUGUGAAUGUUACGGAUUGUAUAGUAAUGGGCAUUGUUGAGGCACAAUUUCUCAUUCUUUUAGUGGCAACUGAUGUUGGGAAAGCCAGCAAAAACUACAAGUAAUAAUCCAGGCAUCAAUUCCAAUGUGAUGGAUAGCAAUCAUCUGUAGCAAUCAGGUGGUCAUUAUUGAUCAUUUAACUGUGUUUGAAAACAUCUGUAACAUAAUGGAAAUUGAUAGAUUGGGACUACUUAUUUCCAAAUGUUUUACUGAUCAGUAAAAGUAUUAUAAAUAUU